AUGAAACUCCUAGGAAUCUCACACGACAUGAAAAACAAUUUUAAAGAAUUAAAUUCCGCGAAUGCCGAUACGGAUCGUCUACUAGCCUCCGUUCCCACUGUCGUGCGCGCGACUGAGUGGAUUGUCCGCCGCCUUCCCCCUGAGUUGUUUUCCACAUCGCUUAUCCAAGACUACCCUGGUCAUAACAGCACCGUACAACAAGCACUAGAGGGCGUGGUGGUGUGGGAUUCGGUGUUCUUCCACCGCAUUGCACUCUGUGGCUACGAGUUUGAGCAGGCCUAUGCCUUCUUCCCCCUCCUGCCCUUGCUCAUGCGCCUCCUCGCCACUGCCACUCCCUGUGAGUGCUUCUUACUUUCUUCUCUCGCCCUUGUGAAUGUAACCACUCGCUCGCCAAUAAGCCCUUCCCGCCCCCCUCAAUUCAUUCAUUACUCAGAGAGCCUAUUCGCCCUGCUCUCCUUUGCUGCCAUGUCGUGCGUUGUGAGUGGCCGAUGGGUCUCGGCAUCCCUCCUCAUCGCCCUCUCAGCAGCAGCUCGAUCCAACGGCGUCCUACAUGCAGGCUUCUUCCUCUUCUCACUGCUGCAGGCAGCAGGCCCCCUCAUCCUGCUUCUCCUGCCACGCCGGCUGCUGCAGCGGCUGUUCAGUGCUGUCAGGCCACAAGGGGAUGAUGACCGGCACACCUCUCACAGGUCAACAGGGAGAGAGACAGACAGAAGAGUGUCAGCAGCAGGAGUGGCAGGCCGAAUUGCGCUGCUACGGGAAAGAAAGUGGCUGCUGUGCCUCACAAGACACUUCCCAAUCCUCCUCUCCACUGCCCUCUGCUGCCUCCUCGCCUUCUCCCUCCUCCUCUCCUUCCAAUUCUUCGCCUUCACUCAGUUCUGCCGCCCUGCUAGCACUGCAACGCCUCAUGACGUCCCCCCUUGGUGCUUCGACUCUGUUCCCUAUAUCUACGGCUAUGUUCAGCGCAAGUACUGGGAUGUGGGAUUCCUUCGCUACUUCCAGUUGAAGCAGCUCCCCAACUUCCUCCUAGCAGCACCCACCCUCCUCCUCUCCCUCUCAGCCAUCCUCUCUUUCGCACUCGCCCGCCCCCUCCUCUUCCUCUCUCUUGGCCUCCUCUCCUCUCCCGCUGACCAACCCCACCUCCUCUUCCUUCCACCUCCCAACCACCCGCAAGCCCGGGAAAGGGAGGAGGGAGUGGAGGAGGAAAAGGGGGAGGAAGGGGAGGUGGAGUGGAGAAGAUACGACCGUUUCAGUGGAUGCAAAGGGUUCUAUUCUGCUGCUGCUCUGCCGUUCCUGCUGCAGCUGCUGUUUAUGACAGCAGUGGCAACGCUGGUGAUGCAUGUACAGGUGGCCACUCGCUUUCUCUCCUCCUCACCUCCUCUCUAUUGGUUCCUGGCACAUCUCCUGACGUCAUCAAUUCCCAAUCAGUCUCCUCCCAAAGAAAAAAGCUGGAGAUUGUUUAUAAUAAGGGCAUGGAUUGGUGCGUCGUUAGGAUAUGCAGUGAUUGGCUCAUUGCUCUUCAUUAACUUCUAUCCCUUCACGUAG